CAUAAAAAGGUGUUCUCAAAGCAAAAAGUUACAGUUGUCCUCCAAAACCAGAAGCAAGAGCGCUUUUUGCAGAUUUCAAGGUGCAAAAAUGAAGCUUCUUCUCCUCACUGUGUUUGUGGCAGUCUUUUCCAGUGUCAAUGGGGGCAAGACGGCAAGACUGUUGGCAGCCAUGAAUGCUGGGAUGCUUAAUGGGAUGAUGGCUGGAGGCUUGAACCCACCUCUGGUAGCUGGUGGUGGAGUGGGUUUAAUUGGCCAGUCCCCGUUUGCUCAGUUUGUUCCUGGACUUCCUGCCUUUGCUGUUCGAGCUCCAAUGCCUAACAUGUUCCCUGCAGCAGUCAAUCCGUACCAGUUCCCUAUGAUGGGCGCUCCCCAAAUGCCCCAAAUUAAUCCUCCUCAGCAACUUCAGAUGGGAAUGGCAGGUGGUGCCAUGCAGCAGCAGCCUUUCUUUCAGCCUCCUAUUCAGGCUCAGCCUCCAGCUCAGCCUCCUUUUCAGCCUCUGGUUCAGCCUAAUCCAGCCCAAAGAUUCAGGCGUCAGACAUUGAAAUCUGAAAAUGUCGGGAACUCUAUUGUGGACACACAGAUUCCAGGUCCCACUGAGUCCACAACAGCUCCUCCUUGUGACAGCAAGUCAGCUGAUUAAGUUCACAUUGGUAAUAUGUGAAGAUCAUGAUAUGAAGAGGCAUCUCACAAUGUCUUGCUGUAUCUCCAUAAUUUUAAUCAAAAUGAAAUCAGUUUGUUUUUGCACCUUUGCUUUCUAAUAAAUAAAUUAUGCUGAAAUCAAAA